ACACACACACACACACACACAAUAUUCCACUAUUCCCCAUAAGCAGGCUAAACAGAUGUAAAGAUAUCAAUUGAGUUGUCCCAUUUAUAAAAUGACAUAAACUGUAUUCUGGUUUUGGACAGGCAGCAGUUUGAUAUUGCUGACAGAUACACAUGUCACUUAUAUGUUUAUAUUGUCUUGUUUUCUUGCUGAGUAGCAAGACCCACUAACUUCAUGCAUGUGUUUUCUGACUGUGUUGUUAGAGCUAAAGCUGGUUAUCUAAAAGCUACGGUUUCCUUUUAACUCCUUGCUCUCAAUUGGUGGAGAAGGGUCAGCUGACAUUGUCAUAUUUUCCCUCUCGGAGCCUCAGCUAAAACACUCGGGUUAGUGUGUCUUACUGGAAAUUAAUAAUAUUGAAAUCUCAAGGAACCGUCCAUUUUACAGAAGCAGAUAACGUAUAAAAGGAAGGUUUUGCAAAGGUGUGUGAGAUAGACAGAGUAUAAAGAGAGACGGGAAGGGGGAGCUACUGAGAGAGGGAAGUGAAGAGAAAAAAAAGACCGAUAAAGUGGGGAGAGUUAAAGGAGAGGGUUACAGGCAAGGUAUGAAUUCGUAUUUCGCAAACCCGUCGCUCUCCUGCCAUUUAUCCGGUGGUCAAGAUGUUUUGCCAAACGUGUCCCUAAAUUCCACAACUUAUGACACAGUGAGACAUUUUUCCUCGUAUGGGGCUGCUGUGAACCAGAAUCGAAUAUACUCAAAUCCUUUCUAUUCUCCCCAAGACAAUGUUGUUUUUGGGCCGAGCCGGGCAUCCUAUGAGUAUGGAUCUAAUGUGUUUCUUCAAGACAAGGAUGGGGGUCUUGCCAGUUGCAGACAAACAAGCAGAGGGCUGAAUGCACAAAGCCACAGUGCUCAGGAGUACAGCUUGGAUCACGCCAGAGGAGGAUCGCAGGAGCAGAAAGCUAACGUCCAGAUUUACCCCUGGAUGCAGCGAAUGAACUCUCACAGCGGAGUUGGAUUUGGAUCAGACAGACGCAGAGGACGCCAGAUAUACUCCCGUUACCAAACACUGGAACUGGAGAAAGAGUUCCAUUUCAACCGCUAUCUAACCAGACGUAGACGUAUCGAAAUAGCAAACGCUCUCUGUUUGACAGAACGUCAGAUCAAAAUUUGGUUCCAGAACCGUCGUAUGAAAUGGAAGAAAGAGAGCAUUCUAACGUCUAAGGUGACAGGGAGUGAAUUAACAGGGACCUCCGUGGAGGAAGGAGACGGCGUGGAGAAGGAAGAGGGAAAAAAUAAAAAUAAAUGAAAGAAAGACAUUUAAAACGAAAUCAUGAGACUACAACUAAACUACCUAGCCAUUCAAGGACCAGAAACUCUAAUGCAUGAUAUUAUUCUGCUAUUUGCCCACCCCCCAUCUAUGUAUCGGUUUGUAUCACUUCAACCAAUUCACAUAGGUCAUUCAUAGGCAUGGUUUACAAACACAAUAUGCAUAAGCAUUCCAAAUGUGAAGGAAAUGCGAAGGCACACUUAUUUUGUUUUUGAUAAUAUAGGUAUUUGAAGCUUUACUUUCCCAUGAAUCCACAUCGUAAUUGUGUGUUGUGCAAUAUGCAUCUAGCAAAUAUCCGGAAAGCUCUCAUGGGGUGAACAACACUACCUAAAUUGUAGAUAUGCCUGUAUAUAUUCUAUGUACGCCUAUGUGUACCCUAUGUAGCUCAAAUGGACGUUCUCAUAAAGUGGCACUUACCACUGUUUAGCCUAAUAACCGUUUUGGGUUACCCAAGACUACCUAAUAAAGAGGACAAAUAAUACACGAGCAAUCACGUUGUUUAGGUUUGUGAAUUUAUGUUUGAUCAUAAUUGUGUAUCAUUGAAUAAAAUGUUUUCAAAACA